AUGCACGACAUGGCCCACCUGCACGCACGAUCGCAUCAUCUACGACGACAGCGCAACAACAAUGACCCCGAAGUAGAGGUUGUCACGGCUAUCGUCGUAGCGACUAAAUUCGCAGAUGACGACGACCCAGCGCCCACCAUGAAGCCUAUAUUGCUUCCACCACCUGCUGUACGCCCACGUCCGACUACAACGUCUGCCGAUAACCAUGACGACGACGACGAGCCCCAGCAGACUGCCAAGCCAACUUCCACCAGGAAACCGCCUCCUGCACAUCAUACCAACAAUGCGGACGAGACUUCAACCCCGAAAAACUCCCCCAAGCCAGCCUCCACGCUCAUGGUUGCGACCAAAUCACCUAUGCCAAGCGUUGCUUCGUCAGUUACAGGCCUCGUAUCUGCCACAGCCGCCAUUUCCGCGAGCGCCUCUCCUUCCUCAACCGGUGCCGCAGGCUCAGAAGACGGCAUGUCCACCGGUGCUAUGGCCGGUCUUGCCUUGGGUAUCCUUCUGUUUUUCUGUGCGAUCCUGACUGGUAUCUUGCUCCUGUACCGCCGUAAGAAGAACCAAAUGGCUUCCGCAGCCGCAGCCAAGGAGAAUGAGAAGACCGAAAUGUAUAAUGCACCACCACCCAGGCCUCCACCUCCCCAGGUGGUAACUACCCCGGCCCCGGCCCCGGCUCCCAUCAUUAAUUCUACGCGCACCCCGGCCGCUGCACCGCGUCUGAGCCUGCGACCCGUCACUCAGUUCGACCCGACAUUCAACGAGCAGGCUAAAGCUGGAGGAAACUCUCUCACUGUCGCUGCCGCCGCUGCUCAGUCAAGCAACAAACAUUCACCUUCUGCAUCGGCUGAACGUCCAGUCAGCGCUUGGGAGCGACAUGGAGCCUCAAACGCUCCUACUAGUAACCCGUUCAGCGACCCUGAGCCGCAAUCUGGUCCCGCUUCAUCCAAUCCCUUCGGAAACAAGGCUGCCGUCGAUGCUCAGCAGGCUUCAAUCCCUGACUCGCCUCCUAGUACUUCCCCGGUCAAUUCAGCAAUGCACUCCUCCCAGCCCAGCAGUGAUUCUGCCAACCCAGCCAUUGCCGCCGCUGCAGCCAGUGCUGCCGCCCUGGCAGCAGCAACGGCUCCUAACCCACCUCCCAAGACUGACCUCCCGCUGCCUCCAUCAGUUGCCGCCAAUGCUGGAGGUGUCCCGCCGAAUAGCAUCCCUGCUUCUCCCGGUCCUGCUCCGAGUGGUCCCCCUCCCGUCGCUGGCGCUGUAGCUGGCGGUGCUGCUCCUGGUCCCAACAACGUUCACCGUGUCCAACUUGACUUCAAGCCUUCUAUGCAAGACGAACUUGACCUUCACGCCGGUCAGCUCGUCCGCAUGCUCCACGAAUACGAUGAUGGAUGGGCUCUCUGUAUCCGUAUGGACCGCUCGCAACAAGGAGUUGUUCCCCGCACAUGUCUCUCCAAGCACCCAGUCAAGCCGCGCAACGGUCCCCCUCGUCAAGGUCCGCCGCCGCAAGGUGCUAUGCGUGGCCCUCCUAUCCGCUCGCCCAUGGGUCCCGGCAGUGUACCUCAGCCACGUCCUCUUUCGCCCGGUAGUGCCAUGAACUCACCUUCCAUGGCUCAAGGUCCCGGUAACAUGAGCCCUGGUCCCCGUCAGAUGCCACCGCAGCAAAUGCAAAGCCCUCGCAUGCGGUCCAACAGCAACGCCCCUGAACAAGGUCCUCCACGUGGCCGCUCCAACAGUAACGCUCCUUACGCCGCUCCCCAGCGCUCAAUGUCGCCUGGUCCCUACGGUGGCGGACCAGAAAUGGCUCCUCCACCCCAGGUGGACGGUCGUCCACGAUCAAACUCUGCAGGCCAGGUUGGCAACCCUCGACGAGGCCCAGCCCCCGGCCCAAGCCCCAUGAACCCCAACUCUGUGGCGCCUGGUGCCCCUGCUCCUAUUCCAAACCGGAACCCGGUCCCUGGUUUGGCCAUCUAG